UGGAUUGUCAAGAGCGGUCCUCAUCGCUCAGUUCUCAUUGCCUUUAAGAACUUCUGUCGCACUGAGAUUUCUUCGUUCUGUGUACCAUCUACAUACUACAGUCUCACAUUAUCUAAUUAGAAAUCUAGUUUUAACUACUUCUAAGCCACUGCUGGACUUACUUAUCACUAUGAUAUCCUACAAUCACAUGCUCCGCCAUCACCAGGGCGUGGUAGCAUUGCGCUCAAUCUCGCGUAUCUCUUCUUCUUCUCGACCAUUCUCUCAAUCGUCUCGAUCCUUCAACAAAUUCUCCGUCCGCGUGUCAGGAACAGGUCGCGGCGUCGCUCAGAGCAUCAAAGCCGAUGGUCAUCCACACCUCAUCCAGACCGAUGCCUACAAAUUCUUCGAAGGCCACGAGAGUGCACCCACCCCACUGGUUUAUAACCUCGGCAGUCUCGGAUCCUGCACGCAAGUUGCCGGCUCACUUGUCGCGAAGAGCCUCGGUGCUAAGCUGGGAGAAUGGAACGUUACAGUCAAGGGUGAUCUCGAUACCGGAGUAUUGGCGGAGGGAAAGGAUGGGAAUGGAAAUUGGGAGAGCAUAGAGGUCAAUGUGCGUGUGCAGACGGAUAUCGAGGAUGAGAAUACCUUUAAUAAGUUUGUGAGUGAGACGGAGAGGCGAUGUCCGAUCAUGCAGUUGUUUAAGCAGAGUGGGACGAGUUGGAAGAGUAACUGGGUGAAUGAGAAACUGUAAAAUAUGUAUACUACGUUCCAUGGAGGUGGGAUUCAAUGCAGGAUACACCUAUUAUAGAGAAUAGCUUAAGA